CAAUUUUUCCUCUGCUUCACUCUACCCAGUCUAGUUAUUCGUGUUUCGCGACCACAGAGAAAAGACUGCAAGAAGUUGAAUUCAAAGUUCUGGUCUUUUCUAUACAAAAACACUCUUGUUUGAAUCUUUGUUAUUUUUGUGUUCAACCUUUUGUUAUGCUUACUUAGGGAGUUUUACUUGUAUAAACAUGAUGAUUCAGAGGAGUUCGCCACACUUUCUGAUUUGACCUUGAAAAUACAUCAGAACGCCCAUGUUUGUUCAGAAUUUUGUGCUGCUUGUGUUUACUUCUUCUUGUCUUUUUAUUGCCUUGUUUCUGACGUAGGUUCCACUAUUACGGCUUUAUUUCUAUGUUAUAUUGGAUGUUCUGUUAGCAAUAUGGCCAAGCUUGCCCCUCUUGAAGACCCUCUUUUGGAUGGUGACUCUACUUCAAUCAACAAUUCUGAUCCUAUUAAGACCAGAGGAAAUGAAAAUUUGACCCGAUAUUCAAAUGCUGGAUUUUUCAGUAUUCUUUCUUUCUCAUGGAUCACUCCAUUAAUAACACUGGGAAAUGACAAGACUUUAAACCAUGAAGACCUCCCACUUCUUGCUACUGCUGACAGUGCCUAUGGGGUUUAUCCAACUUUUAGAAGAAAACUCGAGUCAGAGUGUGGUAGUGUUAAAAAUGUGACCACACUUAAGCUGGUGAAGGUAUUAUUCUUGUCGACAUGGCAAGGGAUCUUUUUAUCAGGUUUAUUUGCAUUCCUCUAUGCCUGUGCUUCUUACGUUGGACCCUUUCUUAUUGACAUCCUUGUUCGAUACCUCAACGGAGAAUACAUGUUUAAAAAUGAAGGCUAUGUUUUGGCUGCGACUUUUGUUGCUGCAAAGCUUGUGGAGUGUCUUUCACAGAGGCACUGGAUGUUUAGGUUUCAGCAGGUUGGGGUUAGAAUGCAAUCCAUGUUGGUGGAAAUGAUCUAUGCUAAAGGUUUGACUCUUUCGUGUCAAUCAAAGGACCUUCGUAGUACUGGGGAAAUCAUCAACUUAAUGACUGUCGAUGCUGAAAGAAUUGGCGAAUUCUGUUGGUACAUGCAUGAUCCAUGGAUGUGUGUUUUGCAGCUUGCUUUGGCCCUGUUAAUUCUCUAUAAAAGUGUGGGUGUUGCUUCGUUAGCUGCUCUUGCUGCCACUGUAAUUGUGAUGUUGCUAAACCAUCCUGUUGCAUCAUUGCAAGAAAAGUUCCAAGGCAAGAUAAUGGAAUUCAAAGAUAAAAGAAUGAAGGCUACGUCUGAGAUACUUAAGAAUAUGAGGAUUCUAAAACUGCAAGCAUGGGAGAUGAAGUUCUUAUCAAAGAUUAUUCAGAUUAGAAAGAGUGAAGAGACAUGGCUAAGGAAAUUUCUUGCUGGCACAGCAACUAUUCGAUUCUUCUUCCACAACGCCCCAACUUUUAUUGCAGUUGUUACGUUUGGUGCUUGUGUUCUUGUGGGGAUACCACUUGAAUCAGGGAAGGUCUUGUCUGCACUUGCAACAUUCAGAAUUCUUCAAAUGCCCAUCUACAGUCUUCCUGACACAAUUUCAAAGAUAGAACAAACUAAAGUUUCUCUGGAUAGGAUUGCAUCAUUUCUUAGACUAGAAGAGAUGCAGACUGAAAUAGUACAGAAGCUUCCGUGGGGUAGUUCUGACAAGGCAAUUGAAUUAGUGGAUGGAAACUUCUCGUGGGAUUUAUGUUCUCCUAAUGCAACAUUGAAAAACAUAAAUCUCAAUGUUUAUCAUGGUAUGAGAGUAGCUGUAUGUGGUACUGUUGGAUCAGGCAAGUCUAGUUUACUUUCUUGUAUUAUAGGGGAAGUACCAAAGAUAUCUGGGACAUUGAAAAUAUGUGGAACAAAGGCUUAUGUUUCUCAAUCGCCAUGGAUACAGAGUGGAAAGAUAGAAGAC